AUAAACCCUAACGCCUUACCAUUCAAUAUAACCAUCAAUACUUUCGUCCGCAAACUCAAAGCUUCAAAAAGUAAAAAACAAUGAAGAAUGUCACACUUGUUCUUGCUGUGAUCCUCUUCUUAAGCUGUGUCAUAUCCGGAGUCACAGCAACAGAACUAGAGUCAUCAACUAACCAAGAGCUCUUCCUAUCGCGGCACGUCUUACCUCGCUUUCACCCUAAGCCACAUUGGCCGUUCAGUGGCGAUAGAAGAGUCUUCCCGCCACAGGAAGUCACCAGAUGCUUGUCCGACAAGAAGGAGGUAGGUACAUGUUUCGAUGAUAUCGCUAAGACUUUCUUCACAAGAAAAGCCGCUAUUGGAUCGGAAUGUUGCGCGGUGAUCAAGAAGAUGAACAAAGAUUGUGAGAAAACCGUCUUUGGAUCUUUCCAUAACCCCUUCUUCGCCGGCUAUGUCAAGCUACAUUGCUCCACCGUUGUUGGAUCUACUUCACUUGCUCCUUCACAUGCUCCUUUGCCUGCCCCUUUGCAUGCUCCUUCACAGGCUCCCUCACCGGCUCUUUCACAGGCUCCCUCACCAGCUCUUUCUCAGGCUCCCUCACCUCCUUCACAGGCUCCCUCGCCGGCUCUUUCUCAGGCUCCCUCACCGGCUCUUUCUCAGGCUCCAUCACCGGCUCUUUUUCAGGCUCCCUCACCGGCUCAGGGAUUUUAGCUAUUUGUUAAAAUUAUUCAAGUGUUGGAUGUCCUAGGGAGUUUUAGUUUUUCUUCUUGUUUUAAAAUUUAUUUGAGAAGACCGUCUUUGGGUUUUAAUUCACUUUGAUUUUUCUUCUACAAUUUAAAUUUA